AUGAAUUCGAAGAAGAAGACUAUGAACGUUUUAAAAAGUCUCCAAGUGUCAGAUGAAUUGGCAUUGAAAGUGUCUGAAUAUUUCAAAUAUAAGUCAUCGUCGCUAAAGUUGACUGAAGCUCGGAAUGGACUCUAUGCAGUGCUGCCACAGAUGUUGAAGAACGAAAUAAACUUGAGUUGUUACUUUAAUAUUAUACUGCGAAUUCCAUUGUUCACUCAGUGGCCGAUACCGGUAUUAGAACAGCUGACUAUUAUGCUGAAGAGAAAAGAGUAUUUGAAGAGCGAUAUGGUGACUGUAGCUAAAGUGUCAGGUGAUGGUCUGAUGAUAGUCCACGAUGGAGUGCUGGCGGUCUACUCACACAAAAAUAAGGAACUAGGUCACCUGAUCGAUGGGGAUUAUUUCGGAGCUCUGUCGCUAGUCACUGACAAAGAAGUUUACAUGACCUAUGUGGUUGCUGUGACAAAUACUACUAUUCUCUUUCUGGGUAAGAUGGAGUUUAGAAUGUUCAUGAAGGAUCACCCACAGCUUUUUUAUGGUUUUGAGAUGGAUUUGAAGAAGAGGUACAAGGAUCGAGCUCGUAAUCAAGAUUACGAAACGUUGGACGGUUCAGUACGAUCAUAG